AUGGUAUUAGAAAAGGUAUCGCCGGAUUUAUAUUGUGUAAUUUUGCACAAACUCAGGAUCCCAAAUGAUACUUUGAUCAUCAGUAUUUACUGGUGCAUAAAAGAGUCUAACGAAAUAUUCUCCAUCCAACCCCAAUCACUCCUAGACCUGCAAGUUAAUACCAGAACAGUUUAUUUCGUCAAGCCCAUUGACAGCAACAUUGAACCGGAACUUAUUGUUUCCCUGGCAAAUAACAUACAUUUCUUUGCCAAAUACCCUUCCAAAACUAUUACCAGGGGUGCGCCAUUCAAACCCCUAAAUUUGACCCUAAAGUCGUUACAAACAUCCGCCACUAUUAGAGCCACUUUGGAAACUGCUUGCCAGGUGCGAUGGCUUCCUUCCCCCAUCCAUACCAACAUCCUUACCACAGGGUACAAGGAUAAUUCCAUUGUCGGAGUUUAUUUCUUACCAGGUAGAUCAAAGGACGCACAAAAGUUAGCUUUCGACAAGGCAAUUAAUGAGGCCACCAGGUAUAGGGUUUCAUCAAGGGGGCUAUUUCUGGACUAUGUCGACCCCCUAUACCAAAGGAAUAAGUACAAGGUCAGAAAUUUGCAACAAUCGGAGGUGCAAUAUGACGCUAACUCUGACAGUCUCUAUAAUAAACAACCGAUAGAUACUAAUGCACGUGGUUCUAGUGCAGAAUCUCUUAAUAUUAGAGACACUACUGCAGAAAAUUCUAUAGAUGGAGAACCAACACAGCGCUAUGAACCUAAAUUUCUUAACUGGUCCACACCUACUGCUAGAGACUGCACAUGUUUAUUCAAAUUAUAUCCCACAAACCCCUAUUCCUCCCUCUCCGACCAAGUACGCUUUAAAUGUCAAUCCGACUUUGUCAAUCUGGAAAAUGAAACGCGGUCUCUUGAAAAAAAAUUUAGGGAUAAUUGUAAAAGGAAAGCGAGCAAGCCCCGUAUCAGUUUGGAUCAUAAUAUCUUCGAGGAUACUGUACGAAUUGAAGAACAGAGUCUAGACCCAGAGGGAGAUGAAGAAAGAGUAUACAGCAGUGGAACUUAUUAUGAUAUGUAUCGCGAUAUGUAUCUAGCCCAAAAGUUCAAAGAACUUGUGGAAUAUAGUGAAACUGUUGCUGGACUGAAAAUUAAUACUUCUGUGUCUACAGAGCCCGUUAAUGUGGCAUCCCCAUCAAAGACUGAUAAAGGGAUACAAGUAGAUUUCCUCACGACUAUUAAGGAUGACUUUAGCAAUUUUGAAACGAUGGCUUCCCAUAAUGAACCCUACCACACAAAUGCUAUUCCAGAUAUGAACAUGACAGAAAUGGUAGAACUUGUAGUUUCUAAUACUGAUAAAUCAAAAGAUUCUGAACAGCCCAAUCGAUUGGUCUCCUUCUUCAUGGACAUGAUCGGUAGCAAUGUUAUCAGAAAACUUACAUCUUCUGUAUCAGAUAAAACUGAUGAAUCAAACCUCAAUGGGGCUGAGAUUGAAAAAAUAAUCAAAGAUGAUGAAUGUUAUGAAAUCGACAACAUGUCACUUGAAUUCUCAGCCUUGGAAGAGCCAAAUGAUCAGAUUGCAGAGUCAAUCGUCUCUUCGGAAAAUGAGCAGCUGAUUUCCCCUGCUGGAUCAAUUCUAACAAUAGAUAAUAAACUGGCUGAACCAAUUGCAGUUGAAAUGGAGGAAGGUACGCCUACAAUCUUGGAUGUGGAACAUACUAGUGUAAUUGACAACAAAUACCAUACUCCAGUUGGUAUGUUAGACCUAGAUGAUAUCGACUUAAAUGAUACAACAACUGAAUAUCUUAAAAACACAACCAGUAAUGGCAUCCCUAGAAUAAUAACUUUUGCAAGUGAGGAAGACAAUCUUAGCUCAAACUUAAUAUACAAUGAAUGUGCCUUGUCGUGCCAUUUAACGCCUACGUCCUUCAAAUUCGAAUUCGAUGAUAUCGAUCACCUAUACUGCUUCAGUGGAGACGAAAAUUACAACAAGCCUGUAAUUACUAGAAUUGAAGCAAUGACAAUGGAUGAAUCUGUUAUCCAUUCGCAAGGAGAAAAGCCGGAGCCUGAUGGGACUAUGGUCGAAUGCGUUGGUUUCAAUGAUAGAGAAAUUUCAACUUUGGAAGCGAUUAAUAAUGCAAGUCAUCCAACUAUUUCUAGCAAAAUAAGUGAGAAAUUAUUCAAUUCGGUUGGUGACAACAAUUUAGUCGCUAGGUCCCCAGAAAUUAUGGCUGCUAGUGGUGAAAUGGUGAAUGGAUCUGAUAUUUACAAUAUCAAAGAUGGUGAAUAUAUAUCACAAAUGGGGAUUAGUAAUGCUUUGUCAGAUUUAGAGGAUGAUACUGCUAUUGGUGUCAGUUUAUCUCUUGAGGUUAUCACGAACGACAGCAAAAGUGACGCAUACAAAUUGAGAUCUGAUCCAAUGGAUGCUAAUAUAAACAUUGCUGAUGUUAUGAUAGGAUCCAGUGAUAUUUCCGACAGUUGUAAUAAGGAAAAGUCUGACCUGAUACUUUACAACGUAAGAAACAGUACUAGCGGUGAAGUUACUUCGGAUUUACAGUGCAAUUUUAAGUCUGAUGGCCCCGAGUUUGAGGUUAGGGAGACCACGCCAAGUCAACAGGGUCGAUUGGAAGCUUAUAGGCCGAGGGGGGGGCAGGAAUUAGAAUCUGCUCCCCAAAGUAACAAUUUUGAAGUCAAUGUGAUGGAUAACUGUGUAAAAGAGCCAUCAAGUGAUGUGCCUAUGGCGAGCUGUGGUGAAUGUUGUACUAGUGGAUCGAAUGAUUAUAAAUGCAGCACUAUUAUUGGUUCUAGGGAUGAAGGCAAUAGUUUAACAGUUGUCUCAACUGUUAACUGUGAUUCCAGUGUCGGUAUAGGCGUAGUUGGUGGAAGUUUGGAGGGCGAAAUAGGUAGUUCUAAUGCUAGUGGCGUUUGA